AUGGGUUUGUCUUCCCUUCCACCGGAGCAAGCCCCGGGGUAUUGGGCUCCGACGUCGACUGCGAAUCCGGAUGUAGAUUCUGCCGGCGACGAUGGCUUUUCUGAUUCAGUUUUCCAAUACAUAGAGCAAAUGCGUAUGGAAGACGACCUGGACGAGGAAGGGAGCUUGUUGCUCGACCCUGCGGCUCGCCGAGCUGUCGAGAAACCGUUGUACGAAGCUAUGGGUAAGAAGUAUCCUCCCUCCCCUGCCCACCCACGCACUCUCGGCUGUCCUAAUAAUAUUUGCCCUGAUUGUAAUGGUACCACUAGCAAUUGUUCCCGGGACGAGUACAAAUUGCAGUUUCAAAGAGGCCAAGAGGAAGCUAGCAAGUUCCUUCCUCGUGGAAAUCUUCUACUUGUUAAUUUGGAAAACUCUAACACCAAGUUAACUCCAAAGUCGUCCAAGGACGAUGACAGUCCUGAUGCAAAGGAGGAUGACAGGGAGUAUUCGCCUGCCGUCGUAAGGGGAAAGAAGAAUCACCAAAGGGAGGAUACGGAUGAAGAAGAAGGGAGGAGAAGAAAGCAAUUGGCGGUUUCGGGCGAGGAGGACGAGUUAUCAGAGAUGCUUGACAAUGUUUUUCUCUUUCCAGCUGAAGAAACUAAGAAUACUGCUGAGUCGUUGCCGAACAGUAGUGCAAGCGAGUCGUUGCUGGUGCAGAAUGUGGAAGCAUGUGGUUUUGACCCUAGGAAGGGAGCAAAGAGAAUAGGAAAUGAAGAGUUAGUUGAUUUGAGGGCUUAUCUUGUUAUGUGUGCACAGGAUAUCGCUGCUGAAGAUUGGAGAAAUGCAAAUCAACGAUUGAAGCAGAUUCGGCAGCACUCUUCUCCCUUCGGAGAUGGGUUUCAGAGGUGUGCCCACAAUUUUUCCAAUGCCCUCGAAGCACGCUUGGCGGGCACAGGUAAUCAAAUUUAUGCUGCUUUGUUAUCUAAGAUACCAUCAGCUGCGGCCAUGCUGAAAGCUUACCGGUCUUUUGCUUCAGUCUGUCCAAUUAGAAGGAUCUCUUUUUAUUUUGCAAAUCACCACAUUUUGAAUUUAGCCAAAAAGGCGAGGGUGAUUCAUAUUAUAGAUUAUGGCAACCAUUAUGGGUUUCAAUGGCCCAUGAUUAUCCAAGAUCUCUCAACCUUGGUUGGUGGGCCUCCCAUGCUACGUGUUACGGGAAUAGAGUUUCCCAGACAAGGUUUUUGCUCAACAAGAAUAGUUUAG